UAGGUACGGUUUACCAGCAAAAGGACUCUGCGGGUACAGUGUUGUCCGAAAGAUUUUUCGUGGCAUCUUCUGAUCAAUCUAGUGAUGGAUUUUAUCUUGGUUUGUAUAGAUUUGUUAUAAUUCUAUACUUAAUUGAUACCAUUUUUACUGAAACUUGUGGCCGUGUACUGUGGACCAAAAUUAACUUGCCUUUUACUCUAGGAUACGCAGUUACCUAUGGAAGAUUUUAUCAGAAGUCAGUAGACGGUAUGGACGUAGUUUCCCCCAUUCUACCAAAUAUGUUAUUGACUGAGCGAGAGGUCUGAGGAUAUUGGUCAAGUUCUUUUUUCGUUUGACACUAUACAUAAGUUAUUAUAGACAGUAUAUGCAAGCUAUUAUAGACAGUAUAUGCAGUGAAAGCAAUGUCGUUAAUACUGUUUAUUAUUGUGUUUCUACUGACUUGUCAGUGUUGUAUUAAUCUCCUCUAUGAUUCUCGUUGUAAGUCUUGCUCUGAUUGUUCUACGUUUAUAUAGUGCCAUUGUCUGCCAUCAAACACUAAAACCAGCGCCAGGCACUUCGCGGAACAUCUGGGGUGCGAACUAGGUGGUAGUAAUGUACCGAUAUGGAAAUUUACCGAUAUUCUGAUAACCAAUAUUCAGGGGCCGAUAUUCUAUUUUAUUUCGAAAUUCGCAAGUGACAAUUGGACUUAACUCUAGAAACUUCAUUAUAACUAUGAGUCAAGACAUAUUCUAACAUAUAUACUGUGGGGCCAUUUGGCCCCGUUACUUGUAUAGUGGCUGAGAUAGGGGGCCUAACCUUAUCCUGAGUGACCUACUUUGGGGAGUGCACAGUGGGUCCUAAACUUGGUUUUGUUCCCCCACCUUAAAACGUUUAAAACAUGCACUGCUAUGAGUGAGAGUGGCCAAUCAUGUAUUACUUAUCAUGUAUUACCGGUAUAUAUGCGGAUAUAUGUUGAAUUUAUAUAAAUACAUUCGGGUCACCGAGUUGUGUAACAACCAAAUUGCAUGGAAUCCAAAAUACACUUUAAAUUUAAAAUAUAUUGUAUACAUUUGUUAUAAUACAAUACUGAUAAUAUCGGCAACAAAAAUACCGAUAUUUUGAACUUUAAUUGGGCAGAUAUCCGAUACGCUGAAUAUGUAUAUCUGUACAUCACUAUAUACUAGGUUGCACUCGUUACAAAUGUUCCGAGAAAUGCAAACCAUGAUUAAUUAAUUCUCCUAAUAUCAAAGAAAUCUCGGUACAUUACAAACAGGUUUUUUCUCUUAUCGAAUGUUGUGUUAAAACGUUUUUCUUUUGCCUGCGUUUUGUCAUGUGACAAGUGAUUAAGCUUACCACCUUCCUUUGCAAAUAAUGAAUCUCAUAAAUCAUUCAUGUUUUUUUGUGUUUAUUUUAUAAAGCCAUUGCUGCCAGCAUACCAAGAAUUGAAUUUUCUGGAAAGGUAUGCAUUUUAAAGUGAGAGUUGACUAGUGAGAGUGUGCAAGAGAGUUUUUUCAACUCUAGAGAGUUAGUGAGAGUUGACUAGUGAGAGUGUGCAAAAGAGUUUUUCAACUCCAGAGAGUUAGCGAGAGUUGACUAAUGAGAGUGUGCAAGAUAAUUUUUUCAACUCCAGAGCGUUAGUGGGAGUUGACUAGUGAGAGUGUGCAAGAGAAUUGUUUCAACUCCAGAGAGUUAGUGAGAGUUGACUGGUGAGAGUGUGCAAGAGAGUUUUUACAACUCCAGAGAGUACUGAGAGUUGACUAGUGAGAGGGUGCAAGAGAGUUUUUUCCACUCCAGAGAGUUAGUGAGAGUGUGUAAAAGAGAGUUUUUUCAACUCUAGAGAGUUAGUGAGAGUUGACUGGAUAUUAGGGACUGGUUAUAAAGUAACUGCUAGGGUGGGCUGGAGGUAAAUCACAAAUUUUGCCAAUAAGUUUGGUUACCCAUCUUAGGAUGUAGAUAAAAAUUUCAAAGCCCAUCUAAUCUUACAAAAAAAAUUUCAUGACCCACCCAAUCUAAAUUGGGAAAAUACAAUUUAUAAUAAAAAAAAACUUGCAGGUAUGAACAUUGUAAAUAUACACGGCACUGUACUGACGCACAUAAUUCCACCAGCUUGACUAACCCAUUGAUACUGAGCUGCUCUCCAGUUGGUUGUAUUUGCUGUGAUUCGAUCGACCACUUCUUGUUGUUGUAUAAACAAAGUACUGGCUUCAAUAGCAUCAUUUGCAUUUGAUAAUUUGGAUAGUUUUGACGUUUACCUUUAUUAUUAUUAUCUUUAUGAAGUAGACAUGCAUGGGUUUUUGUUUGGUGGCCCAACCGUGGACAUACAAAAAAAUUGGCGGCCCAUCGCAACUGCCCAAAGAUUUUCCAUGGCCCAUCCCAAAUCACUCCAGCCCACCCUAGCAGUUACUUUAUGACCGGUCCCUUACCGUUCAAAAGAGCAAAAGCUCUCAUCAAAAUAUGAAGCAGCUCAAAUGAGAGUCUUUGAGUGUAGCAGCUUCUGCACAGUGGCAGUUACUACAAAUUGGUAGUAAAAGUAUAUUCAAAUUUACUCUCUGGAAUAAUUUUUGUUGGCCUUAAUGAUCUAUCUUCCUUCCUGCAGACAGCAGAAAUCUCGGUUACUUCAAUAAUCGCUGUUUUUGUCUUGUUUUGUCUAUCUCAGGACAGAUCUUCCAAUGCAUUUUGCAUGUCUAUUUAUAUAUCUCAUAUUUUUUAUUCCUAGGUGAAUAUUUACUCCGCAGAUCUCACAUAUAUAGAGAGCAUUAAUCCACCGGAUAGAGUUAAACUGGUAUGUAAACUUCGCCUUUUUGGGCUUUUUUACCUCAUUUUAAGUAUAAUAUUGUAUAGUUUAUCGGCUUUGUAUUCCUACACAGAAGGUCAAAUGGUCAUGCAUAAAUUAUUCAUUCAUUAUAUAUUUAACUAUUUUACAAAGUGCAGAAAAGAGUAGCCUGAGUGUCAGACGAAUAACGAAUAUUCGUCUGACACUCAGGCUAAGAAAAGAGAGACAAGCUUUCUUAUCCAAUUUAAAUUAUUUAAUCCAAUUUCAACGAAAAUGAAAUCAAUUUAUACAGUAAUUGAUAUAUUUUUCAACUGUUGAAUUUGAGUUGCCCUCCUUACACACAAAUAAGCUCGCAAACACAACCGACAGACGCAUGCGCAAACGAACGAACAAACAAACAUGCAAACAAUCAUAGGUGUAUGGGUAAAUACCUUACAUUGACAUCACCUUAGUAUAUAUAUAUAUAUAUAUAUAUAUAUAUAUAUAUAUAUAUAUAUAUAUAUAUAUAUAUGAACUUGUGGUUAGAGCUCGACAACUGGACUCUGUAGCUCAGUUGGUUAGAGCACUGCACCGGAAUCGCAGGGCCGCAGGUUAGGUCCAAUAAAUGUAUAAAGAUUGAGAUUUCCUUCUACAAAACCCUUCAACAUUAGUUAUAUCGAGUAAGAUCCAAAAUCCUGAUACAAACAAUAUCUGUACAAACAAACAAACAAACAAACAAACAAACAAACAAGAAACACGCAAAUACAUUACUGGCUGAGAACCAUAUUUAAUGGAUAUUGUCUCUGUUUUAGCAACGAGAAUACAUAUAUUUUGGAGCGUCUGUUUGCGCCGUUGAUGUAAACGAUGAUGGGUAUGUAUCCAUUGGAAUGUUACAGCGAGCUUUUAGUUCUGGUGUUUUAUGAACCAACUGUUGGUAAAUGAAUAGCAUUAUGCAUGCUUGUCAGACGUUGG